CUCUGACAGCCUCUGCAACCCCUCUGACUUUGUUGCGCGUUGUAUUAUACUAACAGUUCAGUGGCGGAUCUAGGGGACGGGCCCGGGGCCCCAGCCCCCCUUAUUUUGGGUAAAAAAGAAAGAAAAUCGCAGAAAAUAGGAUAAGAUAAGAUUAGAUAAGAUAACUUUAUUUAUACACGAUUUUUUCCAUCAGUCAACAAAGUUACUGGACUAUCGACCUAUCUGCCUAACUAUUAUAAAAAUUAAUAACAACGAUUUAAAUUCCAAAAAAAAAAAAAAAAAGAAAAAAAGAAAAGAAAAAACUGCUUUUCAUGGAGGCCGUGUCUAAAAAUUUACUUAAAAUUAAGAUAUCACUUUAAACUGUGGCGACUUAAUUUAGAGUUGAAAUCGGUCAGUGAAGAUGCUUGUCUCAGGUCUAUAGCUAAGUCGUUCCACAACUGCAUGAGCUCCGCUGCACGAAAAACUUCUCUUAAGAUAAUCAGUUCGAAGUUGUGGAAGAAACAAUUUGUUUCCGGUAUUCCUUAAACGAUAAGAACUUACGUUGCCACGAUAUACGAAUCUUAGCUUGAUCUCAGACAAUCAGAGGUCAUACCAUGCAAUGUUUCAUACAUCAGGAUAGACUUCUGUUCCAAUCUUUGAUAGUAAGGUCUUCGCCACCCUAGUGCCCGGAACAAAUCAUCCAAAUUACUAUCAUAGCUCGCAGACAUUAGGGUGCGAGCUGCGAGAUUUUGAGGCCUUUGCAGUUUUUCAGAAAGGAAGAAAAGCCGCCUCCGGCCCCUUAGCACAAGGUCUGGAUCCACCACUGCAGUCAUUCCAGUCUCUUCACGCCCCAGGUCAUUCUCGCCGUGACGACAUCUUGAAAGGUGUAGCACUAGGGACAAGAAUAACCCCAGGCAAGAGGGCUGUACAUACAUUUUUAAAUUAUUAUACACUUUACAGUUGAAUCCAAGGCCAAUAUUCUCCCAGCAAGCGUGCAAAAUAAAAAAAUUAUUUAAAUUCAGAUUACCGACUCUUCUGAAUUACAUAACUAGUAUGAAUCGUCUCAGUUUCAUUGAAAAGUGAAAGACUGGACUUCAAUAUAAUCGCACUUGUUACAGUGAGCGCACUUCCGGUUUUGUUUUUCGCUGAAAACCGGAAACUGUCACACUUUGCGAAAACGAUCGCAGCUCACUAAAGUUAAUAACAUUGAAAAACGAUGUUUCAUUUCAAACCACUAGCAAUUUAUGUAGAACUAGAUAGCCUCUGAUCACCUGCCAGGUUAUCACAACAGAAAAGAGAAAGAGUCCGUCGUGAACAGUAGCUGAAAGUAGUUGUGUUACACUUACCGGCAGAUUACCGCAUUGCUGUUGUUACAAAAUCCUUGCUCAUUGUGUUUCCAGGAACUGACAACGCCAGAAGACGAUUCUCUUAUCAUUUUACUUUGCUAUUCGCUUGGUCUGAGGUAUUGAGGAAGUUAUCCCUAACAUGGCAUUCAUAUUAACAGGUCUCAGAGACUUACUUUUCGGCAGAGAGAAAAGUUUCCUCGCUACUGUUGCAAUCGAUCUGGGAACAACAUACAGCGGCUUUGCUUUCUCACUCAACAAGGAACAAGGUGAAAACUCUAUGAUUUUCAUGAAUAAAGACUGGGUAAAUGAACAAGGCCAUCGAACAAGCAAGACACCCACAUGCCUGUUACUUAAACCAGACCGGUUAUUCGACUCGUUUGGAUAUAAGGCGGUAGAAAAGUAUGCAUACCUGAGGAGCGUCUACGAAGCACAGGAUGAAUUCUUGUUUUUUGAACUUUUCAAGAUGGCUUUGUAUAAUGAUCAGGUCUUGGAAUUAAAGAGCACCCUCCUCAAAGCAUCUAACGGGAAAGCAGUAAGAGCCAUUCCAGUAUUUGCGCAUUGCAUCAAGUUUCUUAGAAACGAAGCACUCAAGGUCAUUCGGCAGGAGACUGGAGACGUCAACUGGGGUGUGAAAGACAUAUUAUGGGUUUUAAGUGUGCCUGUUAUGUGGACGGCAAGAUCAAAGCAGUUUAUGAGGGAGGCAGCUUAUGAGGCUGGUAUUGGGUCACGUGGUAACCCAGGGCAAGUGAUGAUUGUGACUGAAGCUGAAGCCGCCGCUCAUUUCUGUUUAAAGACGGAGAUCAGAAAAGACAUUCCGUCUGAGACCAGGCCUGAAAUGCACGACAAAGCUAACACACCAUUCUUACUCGCUGACAUAGGAGGAGGUAGGUUGGACGUGACCAUUUAUCAGCAGCAUGGUGACGAUUCCAUUGAAGAGAUCUACAAGGAAACAAGCGUUGCGUAUGGCGCAGACCUGAAUCGUAUUACCAGCCAGUUUGAGGAUGUCUUAGACGAGCUGUUUGGUGCACAGAUGCUGAACGAUUAUCGCAAACUAUUUCCGUCUGAUUGGCUUAAGAUACUGCAGGAGUUCGAAGCGAAGAAACACGACUUUCCAAAUGGAGAGACAAAAAUUUGUUUGCCUGGAAGUUUUGUUGCCUCGGUAAAUGAUUUUCGCUCUCCACCCAUGAAGAAAUACGCGGAAGGAGAAGUGAAAAUUGUCGACGAUGAGUAUCUUUGUUUGAGUCCUAGUGUUAUGCUGUGGCUUCUCCAGCCUUUCAUAGAAUCCGUCAAGCAUAACUUAAGGGCCUUACUCAGCAAACCAAAGCUCUCCAAAGUCAAAACGAUUCUUCUGUUUGGAGGCUGUGCGAAUUCCCUCCUUCAAGAAGAGGUCAGAAAUGAGUUUGCCCGUAAAUACUGUGUCACUGUUCCUCGUGAUGCCACCGACGUGGUUGUUAAAGGGGCAGUGAUGGUUGCCCUAACGACAGCUGCUACGAAGAGGAGAGUCGUAGGAAUCAGCUAUGGCGCUGAUUGUACGCGGAAUUUCGUACGAGGUAAACACCCAGAAGAAAAGAAGUUCUUGGUUAAUGGCAAGGAGAAGUGCAGAGAUUUGUUUAAUUGUUUUGUGAAGGAGACGGACACCGUCAAACACGGACAGAACAUUUCUGUCACAUACCGUCCACGCGAGGCAAAUGAAACUGUAAUUAGAUAUACUUUUUACGCCGCUCCCACGUCUGACAUCGUGUUUGUCACGGACCCCGGGGUAACUGAGAUUGGAAGUGUCUUGGUUCACUCUCCUGACACGAGACAAGGAUUAGACAGAGAUAUUUUAGUUAGCUUGUAUUUUGGAGGAACGGAAAUGAUCGCGACGGCUUGGGAUGUUACAAGUGGAAACAGGGCUCAAACAACAUUGGAUGUUUCUAGUUUGUCCCGCUCAAUUUCAGUGCCACGUCUCUAACCAAGGCCGCCCGACAAAGUUUUCUUCAAAUUUAACGAAUAAAAAUCGUGGAGGUUAACAAUAGUUUUCCAACGAAUCAUCUAUGUCGGUAAUCAAGCUGCACAUUACAAAGGCAACAGAUUUGAGGCCAUUUUGAAUAGUAACUAUUUUAAAGCUUUUAAAAUGCCAGCAGUCAAUUUGCAAAGAAUUUGUUUAAGUGGCCUUGGUCGGAGUAAUCGCAUGGUGAAACUGUGAUUUAGUAGCUGAGUUUUUAACCAUAGCUAGAACCCGGCGAUAUAAGACGGGUUCAGAACAGUAGAGUCAGCUCUUGGGGUGGGACACGCUUGCGUAGCGUACGCACCUUCAUCAGUUGCAUACCUUAAAUAAAAUCAAGUAUCGCAUGGUUGGGAUAAAAUUUCCACUUGACGUUCAACCUUUAAGUUGUUCCGACAGACGAAGCUUCCAAAUCCCGUUCCUUAAAGCCACGUACCGUGCGCUGUUGAGAGUUUUAAAUUUUCUUUUUAUCCAAGGGUUAUUAAUUCCUAUAUCGUAUAACCUUAACUUUUUAGUCGAUCAGCAAAUUUUAAUGAUGUAGCUGCCGUGAACACUAUAAAGUUAUUCUUUUAAUGUGUACUUUGUCUUUCAAAUUAUUGUAUAAAUUUGGAUAUAUUUAAUAUUCAAUUAUAUAUAGUUAUAAUUCUCCUAGUAUAGUUUUAGUUUUACACUGUUUUAGGAGUAAAGUUGUUAAAGAUUAAAGAUAAAGAUUAGCCACAAUUGCUUUACUAACUACUUAUUGACCGAGAGUGAGGUCUUUUAAUACGGAAAGAUCUCAAACCGAGCGAUAGCGAGAUCAAUACGGAAAGCCCUAGGUCUGAGAAUUUUCCGUGAAGACAGAAAGUUCGCGGUUGAAAGGUAGUUUAAUAUAUGGCUUUUUGUUUGGUUUUUACGGGGCUGUAAGAGAAUGAUGUCUUAGUACAAGCUAGCCAAUCAGAGCGCGCGUCAUAUCCGCUACAAACACAAGUCGUAUAAUGAAUAAACAAUACCCUCCAUUUGGCCGGAAAA